UGUUAUCGUCUCAGAGAGAAAGAAGAGUUUAAAAAACUUCUACAGCUUCAGUCUCAGCGCUCUCCGUGGCAGCAACCUGUGUCGUUUACAGUUCCACGUCCAUCGUCAAACGUCAAUGACUCGGACAUUAUAUCAAUUUCGUCGUCAGAAAGUUUUGUAAAAUCAAUCCAGACAAAGUCGUUGUUGGACACUUUAUAUGAGCGACGUCAAAGAUAUAACAUGGACACAUUGGUUAGAAAGUCAGCAGUUCACUAUGAUCAGAACUUCCUCACAAACAGGCUCAAAGACCAUUCACACAAGCCACAAGCAAACACAGAGGUGAAAGUGUGUCCAUCAAGUCAACAGUCUGAUGCUGUUUUGAUAAUUGAUGAUGAUCAUGAUGAUAGUCAACCCACAGCAGCAAAAUCAGCUUCAGCUACAGACAGAGCAGCAGUCACAAAAG